AUGGCAUAUAUGCCUCGUCCUACUGCCAUGCUCCCUCCAGGAGCUUCAGCAUCCUCGUUCCGGCAGCCGAACCAGCAAUCUACCAUCACUCAACAGCAGUCCUCUGUCCUGGCAACACGCAUCGCAUCCAAAAGAGCCGAACUAGACAACUUGAGGCAACUCCGUGACAUGAGUGCAGUGCUUGCGUCGCAGAUGCAGGCUUUACAGGGCAAAAUUGGGACACUCAAAGAUGGCACAGAAGCUGUUGCUUGUGUUCUCGCGAAUUGGGAUAAUGUACUGCGGGCAAUCAGCAUGGCAUCGACGAAGGCUGCGAGUCUGGAAUUUCCGGAGCACAUGACAAAUUCUAGCAAAGGAAAAGCGCCAGAUGGCUCUCCUAUGCCCGCCACAUUGGUGCGGAUCCCUGUUGCGAAGCAGGAAAACCCCGGUGGCCAAUAA